CCUCUCCCCCAUCCAAGCUCGGCCGGAAACUCCGCUCCAUUUCCAUUACAAACUCGGCCCUCCGGCUGCGGGCUUUUUUCCCCCUUUUUUUCAACAGUGUGCAGUAGAAGUAAAGGUUUAGUACCAUGUUAUAUAACCUCCACUAGUUAUCCAGCUUAAGGUUUCCCAGCUUCCCCGUUAUUUCAGUGAAGAGAGUUUUUCCUCUCCUCGGUGCAGAUGUGUGCGGCUCGGCGGCUGAAUUUUCUUCUCUCACUUUUCUCGGGACUCUUGUAAACAUGCAGCCCCCGCCAAGAAAGGUGAAAGUGACUCAGGAGCUGAAGCAUGCUUACGCAGAGCAGCUGAGCAAAUUUAAUGUGAAGCAUCAGACUGACUGCGAUCUUCUGGAAGACCUGAGGACAUACAGCCAGAAGAAAGCAGUUAUAGAGAAAGACUAUGCACAGGCACUGCAGAAGUUGGCGUCUCAGUAUUUGAAGAGGGAAUGGCCUGGGGUCCAAUUAGAAGAGCAGAAAGACUACAGGAACGUUUACACAGUAUGGAGGGCAUAUCUAGAGGGUGUAGUUAAAGUGACCCAGUCUCGGAUCAGUGGCUCUGACAGCUAUAGGAGCCAGGUAUCGGAGCCUAUCAAGACUUUUCGAGUCCACAAAGAACAACAACUAAAAAAGUGUAUUGAGCAGCUCAUGCGGGUUCAAGCUGAGCUUCAGGAGACAGUGAAGGACCUCACCAAGUCCAGAAAGAAGUACCAGGAAACUGAGCAGAUGGCCCAGGCUGUGAGGGAAAAAGCAGAUAUGGAGGCAAAGUCCAAACUCAGUCUGUUUCAGUCCAGAUCCAGUUUAAAAAGAGCAAGCGUGAAGUUGAAAGCUAAGAGAAAUGAGUGUAACUCCAAAGCCACCCACGCCAGGAACGAAUAUCUGCUUACUCUGGCAGCAGCCAAUGCACACCAUGGUCGUUACUACGAGACAGAUCUGAUCAGCUGCAUUAAGAUCUUGGACGGCAGCGUGUAUGAUCACAUGAAAGGUUAUCUGGUUUCCCUGUGUCAGGCUGAGCUGGAGGCAUCCCACGUUGUUCAGGACACCUUCAACUUCCUCCUGGAGAAGUCCAGUGGGGUUAUUCAGGACUUUCACCAGGAACUUUUUGUUCAGGAGAAUGCUGUGUUUCAGAAAGUGUCUCCAUUCAACUUUCAACCCUGUGAUAGUGAUUCUGUAAUGCAAAUAGAGAAGGAGACUGGCACGGCGGAGGAGCACACCUUGAAUAAAGAGGCUCGGAAGUGGGCUACUCGGGUAGCAAGGGAACAUAAGAACAUCAUCCACAGUCAACGGACUCUGACGGAUUGUGAAGGGAUGCCUCAGCAAGAGCAGAACUCCAGUGAAUUAGAGCUAAAGAUAGAGGAGGCGAAAGAGAACAUACGAAAAGCCGAGACAGUAAAGCUGAAGGCCGAAGCUCGCCUGAACCUGCUGAGAGAUGUGGGUGUUGCUGUGGACACCUGGGUUAAGAGCGCCAUGAACCAAGUGAUGGAAGAGCUGGAAAACGAAAAAUGGGCUACAAUGACAACUCAUGAUGCUUCUCUUUCAAGCACAGCAGAUUUUGACAGAGAGGAGGAUGAGGAGACAGAAGACACAGAAACACUAGAUGAUAGCAGCUCCAGUCCUUCUAGCACCUUGAGGAACUACCCGCUGACCUGCAAAGUGCUUUACUCAUACCAGGCAUCACAACCAGAUGAGCUAACUAUUGAGGAGCAAGAAGUGCUGGAAGUCAUAGAUGACGGUGAUAUGGAGGACUGGGUUAAGGCCAGAAAUAGAGCAGGACAAGUGGGCUAUGUACCAGAGAAGUACCUGCAACUGCCAUCUUCAAACAGUCUAUUGAGCAUGCUUCAGUCCUUGGCAGCCCUGGACACACGCUCAUACUCCUCCAAUAACUCAACAGAGCAAGAGCUUGAGUCUGCCACUGAGCAUGCCCAGACCAGCCCAAAUGGAGACAACAGUGUUCACUUCGCAAAGGCAUUGUAUGAUUAUGAGGCUCAGACUGAGGACGAGCUCUCCUUUCCUGAGGGAGCAAUCAUUCGAAUUUUGAACAAAUACAACCAGGAGGACGAUGGCUUUUGGGAAGGCGAGUUUAACGGCAGCGUUGGGGUCUUUCCUGCUGUGCUGGUGGAAGAUCUCGGCAUGCCUAAUGGCGAGGAUAUGCAGACAGGCAUGGAGACCCAGGAGUCUCCAUGUAAUCAGAGUCAUCCUCCUCGUCCCUUGUCUAUGACUCAGUACCAGCCCACAUCCAGCAGUAGCCCUGUCUCUAGUCCUCUUGCCACACCCACUCUGCCUUCUCCAAUCUCCAGCCCGGCCAGCUCCUCAGCCUCCCCUCUUGCCAGCCCACGCUCUCUUAACGGCUACCACAGACCAGCCCCGGCACCCCCUAAAGCACCCAGUGGCGACCAUGCUCACAGCUCUACACCUCCACCCAGGUACAAUGCAGACAGCAGACCAGGAACACUGAGGCCUGUACGUGCUGCGCCUCCCCCUCCCCCUCCCAAACAGCAGGCCCAGGGUCAAGUACAGAAGAAAGAAGAAGUAGAGAUCACACUGGUGUAGAUGCACCACCCUGAUAGUCGCUCCAUCAUUUUACUCGAACUCUGUGGUGGUCUCACUGUGCGGUUCCAAGUGAAGGAACGCUUAGGGUUUGGGUCAUAUCAAACCCAAAUGGUUGCAGCAGUGAAAAGCCGAAUGCAUCUGGAAUGCAUUUUGCAAACAGCUGAGCUUAACCAAACCAGAGAUCCCUUCAUAUUGUCUGCUUCCAUCUUCCUUCCUCCGUUUUGUCUUCUAUAUUGGAGUCAUUAACUGGGAACUGAGCAUGCUGGGGGAUCAGCAGACAGUGAAAUAAAACACUAUAGUUUUUAUUACAAGUUUCAAAUUUCAGAUGAGUUUAUUAAGCUGACAUUUGACUCUUCUGUUUACUUCCUGUGGAACAGACUCACAGUGUGACAGGAGUUGGCCCGUCCAGGACUGGAACACGACUGGAAGUAAAAUAGACUUCUUCAAAGGGAAAAGUGGCAAUUUCAUUUCGGUGCAUUUCAAAUUAGGAUGUGUUUGUAUGUAUGUGCAUGCGUAUGGAUGUUUUUUGUUGAAGAGUUCUCUUUGCAAAACACUAUUUCAAUGCAGAUUUAAUAUAAGUAUUGGGUUCACAACUAACACAGCUUGACCAUCUUGAGUCUAACAUGCUUUUUCUGUGGUCGAACAGUAUUUUUUUUUUUUUAGAACUGUCCUUUAUGGUAUCAUAUCAGAACUGUCUCUUGACUGUCCAGGGCUGUGGGGGGGUUUAUGAAAAGAGCUAGAAAGGUGUCUUUCAAAGCAAGACUGACUUAUUGAGAUAGAAAUUCCCUGGCAAGGCUCAAAAAGCACUUUAGUGUUCAGAGUUGUAGAGCAUUUCAGUAUUAUUGCUUGUGGAGUCUGCUGUUGUCAAUAUAUCAUUUUAGUUUAUGCUGCUAGUCCUUAUAGUUUAGAUUCCACCUUUUUUUGGUUUAAUGUAAUUUAUUUCCAUUAAUAAUUAUUAAUAUGUAACAGUCUUCUCUAACACGGUUUUCUUUAAAGCAAAUAGUUUACAGACGGCCUGAGGCAUAGAGGAGUACUAUACCGUUUUGUUAAUUGCAGGAUUAGAAAGGUGAUUGUGUUGAAAUGUAGUUAGUUGAAACAACAUUAAAACUUAUAUUUUUGUGCCUCUUGA